AUGCUAGACUUUAUUCUAAAUAUUCGUCAAAUUCUUCCCGCAUACUAUCUUUUAGUCACAAUUGGUCUUUCAUUUCUCUGCAUUUUCACACUUUACGGACCAAAAAUGUGGAAAAUUAUUCCUGCAAUAACCACUUAUGGAAAGAGUUUCGAAGAAACUCUCGACACAAGUGGAUUUGUUAGAAGGAUUUCAGUGCCAAAGAGGUAACUUGAUGAUUCAAUUUCAAUAUUUAUUUUGAUUUUUUUGCAGUUGGUUCCGUCAUUUUUAUAUUGUUGGAUUUAUAAAUUCAAGUUUGUGGGUAGCAUAUUCAAUAUGGCCAUUUGAGGACAGACCAGUAUUUAUCCAUCACAUUUUGAAAAUGAUGACCAAAGAAAAUGCGAAUGAUUUAAGUAAGUUUCUCAGAUUUUUUUUCAAAAUUCCAAACUAAAUUAUUUUUCCAGUUCCCCAUACAUCCGGUCAUCUCUGUCUUAUUCUUAUAUUAUUCCAUGUUAUGCGUCGUUUUUAUGAAACCUAUUUUGUUUGUGUUUAUUCAAACAGUCGAAUGAACAUUCUUCAUUAUCUUCUCGGUAUUCUUCAUUAUACUUUUCUUCCAAUCACAAUUGUCUGUGAAACUUAUGGAGUCGCAACAAACAGUCAUGAAAUAUGUAAGUUCUUUCUGUCAGAUGGCUGGUUACUGUGUAAUCUAAAUGAAAAUUGUUAUAUUUUUUUUGCAGUCCCAAGUGUCUACAAUAUCCGAAUUUCCCAAUGGUUUGGUAUUGUUUGUUUCGUAUUCUGCAAUUUCAAACAAUCUCAAAUAGCCAACCAAGUUGCCGAAACUCGUCUUAAUCGUCAAGGUAACCGGAUUAUAUUUCAGUGUUUUCUCAUAAAUAUUUUAUUCCAGGAAACGUGCGAGAUUAUAGAUAUACAAUUUGUCGUGGCGGAUUAUUUGAAUAUGUUUCGUGUCCACAUUUCUUCUAUGAAAUUCUGAUAUAUUUGUCAAUUCUUCUGAUUAUUCCGUAUUCAUAUGUCUUCAAGGUGAGUUCUGUAGUGAUAAAUAAAUGAAAAUUAAAUUAAUUUUAAAUAAAUUCGGCCAUGUUCAUAAAUUUUUCCGAAUAAUUUAAAAAAUCAGAUAAAUUACCAGAAAACCUUUUGAAAAAAGAUCUAGCCAUGGUAAAUUACACAAUACAAACCUUGUUUUCAGUUUGUGCUUCUCUUUGUUGUUAUGAAUCAAAUGUUUGCUGCUGAAAUCACACAUCGUUGGUAUCACAAGAAAUUCGGUUCAAAAUAUCCGAAAAAUCGAAAAGCUCUCAUUCCUUUUGUUUUCUAA